AUUAGAAGAAGCCUUCUCUGACAACGCCAGACUUUAUUUUCUUCUGCGAUAUAUUUCUCAUUAACUAUCAACAACUCCACUAGAACCAUGUAUAGACUGUAUAUCCCCCAGGCCAAAUCCCUGGAGACCUCACUACAAAGUGUUGACCGUGUACACAGAUACGCUGAUUUGAUCAAGGAUCACGUGACUACACCGGUGACGGUAUUUGAUGAACCAUAUCCUGUUUAUGUCUUAAAGAAAAUUGCGAGCGACGACAGGAAUACCUACCAGGGUCUCCAUGACAUUGUUGAGAUACUCAAGGACACCGCUUAUAUAGCAUGCGCAGGAAUGACGUCAUCAAACAGAAAUGGUACCGUGUACAAGACUUCCGGAUGCACAUUUACUUCAUCCGAGACUAAAGACAUAUACUUGAUGGUAGCGGAACUUAACAGGCGCGCCACUUCACACCAAGAUAUUCUUCCUCAUCUCCAGGAUCUGCAAGAGCAAUGGUUGGAUAGUUACAAUCAUCUGACAAAACGACAGAUCAUACUGAAGGCACAAGAAAAGAGGAUAUCUUUGCUGGGAAAAGACCAUGCUUCUUACGAUGGAGACAUGAAAAGAUGGCUGAAUUACAAAUUGAAAGUAGAAAGCGCCACUUCCGCCCACAACGCCUUGACUAAUAACUUCCGGCAAAUGUUAUAUAAAGAACGGCGGUUACGCCUUGAUAUGGAAGAGCUUGAGGAAGAACUCUGCCAACUUCUAAGCCUGAAUAUUGAAAUCAGACUCCAGAAAACUCUUGAAAACAUGGCGAAGACUAUAGACCUCGUUGACCUAGACUGUAGUAACACAAGAUACCAGGUUGUGAAAUCUCGUAUACAGGGCGUUAAUGUACGAGACAUCGUCGAGAGUUUGCUACGAAAUUGCAGCAUGGAAUAUGAAUACCCAAACAUUCAAGAGUUCAUCCAGACCACUGGAUUCUCGGAGCCGUUACCGAGUGGUGAAAUGAUCAGUCUGUCACGACACAGGAAGGUCAGAAUGGAUGACAAAGAAUUUCUGACGUCAUUCCAAGGGAAUUUUGGUGAAGGUACGUGUGAAUAA